AAAAUUCAUGCUGGAAAAAGCCACAUAUCAAAAAAAUUCAGAAACCUUGACAAUUUUGAGACAACCCCCCAACCUAAAGAAAAAAUGCGAAGCUUUCUCAUGAUAAUUAUUGAUAUUAAAACUAGAAAUAAAAUUGUUAUAUUUCCAGAAUAUUAUUGUUUAUACAAGAUGUCGGGUGGGAAGGAUGGUGGCGAAGAACGAAAUCUUGGAGACGAAGGACAAAAUGAUGAAAGUGUUGGUAACACCAACCCUAAUUCAUCAGCUUCAGUAAUCAACGCUUCUACAGCUUCCAGCAAACCUCCCACAGCCUCUGUAUCAUCUAGUAAACCUCCUCCAGCCUCGGUAACCUCGGUUGCCUCUAUAAGUAUUAACCCCUCAGAAGUAUCCUCUAAGAUAACCGCAGAGCAGGAUGGUAGUGGAGAGGAGAGUGAGGAGGAGAACGAGGUUCUUGAAGAGUCUCCUUGUGGAAGAUGGAGAAAACUCAGGAGUAAGGUGAGUUACCGGGAUGUCCCCGGGAUCGACUGUGCGUACCUCGCAAUGGAUACCGAGGAGGGGGUGGAGGUUGUCUGGAAUGAAGCAACAUUCUCGGAAACUAAAAAAUUUAAGGCUACAGAAGACAAGUUAAAGAAUGUAUUUGAAGCUCUAACUCUCAUUGAUCAUCCGAAUAUUGUGAAAUUUCACAG